AUGUCUUUGAUAAACUUAUCGGAACGAGAUAAAAAAGAGUUAAUUAAAUUCAAAAAGUAUUUAGUUUUCAAAUCGUUGCAAGUUAUUCUUCAGUCGAGAUCAGGCCGAAAGUUAGUGGCCCAAUCAAAACUCAUAUCCUCCGGGUCUGAUUGGUUUAACCUGAGUGUUAGAGACGACAGCAAAGUUGUCGACGAAAUCAAAAAA